AUGCCAUUAAAUGUGCAGGGAGGAAAAAAAAAACCAUUAAAAGCUCCAAAAAAGGGAACUGCUGAAAUAACAGAAGAAGAAAAAGCAUUUAAAAAAGAAUUAGCAGAAAAAAAAAAAGCUGAAGAAGAAGCCAAACAGAAGUUGUUAAAAGCAAAAAAAAAAUAG